AUGGCCGAUGCUAAUAACGCCUCUCUGAGACAGGACAAUCCAUACAUCAUUCCGCUACCCCCUUCAUCAACAGUAGAGACGUCUUCUGAGCCUCCAAGAACACUGUGGAUGGGUGAUUUGGAUCCCUCCUUUGACGAAGCUACCAUUGAACAGAUAUGGUCCCGUUUGAAUAAAAAAGUUAUUGUUAAAUUAAUAAGGGCAAAGAAAAACUUAUUGAUUCCUUGUAGUUCCACCUCAAGUGGUAACACCAAUACCAACGAGGAGAGUGGAGAAAACCAACAACUCGCAUCCAGUAGCACCGAUCAUUUAGAUAACUCCCAGAUGAUUAAUAUUAAUGGAGUCUCAUUUAUUGACCCUUCCACCACUCAAUUACACCAUGCAGGAUAUUGUUUUGUAGAGUUCGAAUCACAGAAGGACGCUCAGUUUGCCCUAUCGUUAAAUGCUACGCCCUUGCCCAACUUUUACUCUCCAACAACCAAUUCUCAAACAAAUUCAACAUUCAAAAGAACCUUUAGAUUGAAUUGGGCUUCAGGCGCAACUUUACAAAGUUCUAUACCAUCUACUCCAGAAUUCUCCCUGUUCGUAGGAGAUCUUUCCCCCACGGCUACUGAAGCCGAUUUAUUGUCUCUGUUCCAAACAAGAUUCAAAUCAGUGAAAACGGUUCGUGUAAUGACUGAUCCUUUAACAGGAUCAUCUCGUUGCUUCGGGUUUGUCAGGUUUGGCAACGAGGACGAACGUCGUAGAGCUUUGAUUGAAAUGAGUGGUAAAUGGUUUCAAGGAAGAGCUUUAAGGGUUGCAUAUGCCACACCAAGAAACAAUAUGAUGUUGCAAUUACAAGAACAGCAGCAACAAUCACAACAGCAACAGCGCCAGCAACAAGAACCAGAGGACAAUCAGGCCCCUCUCUUGGUCAAGACUGCAAAUAAUCUUAUUCAAAAUAAUAGCAAUAUGCUACCCCUCAAUGCCCUUCAAAAUACUCCUCCAAUACCAUUAAACGAGGGUGGGAAUCACAUGCGUGUAAAGGAAUUUUUACCCUCUCACACUUAUAAUACUGACCCGACCAAUACUACUGUAUUUGUGGGUGGGCUAGUACCAAAAACCACUGAGUUUCAGCUACGUUCGCUAUUUAAACCAUUUGGCCCUAUCUUAAACGUUAGGAUCCCUAAUGGUAAAAACUGUGGGUUCGUUAAAUUUGAAAAAAGAAUUGACGCAGAAGCUUCGAUACAAGGCCUGCAAGGUUUCAUUGUAGGUGGAAGUCCGAUAAGAUUAUCAUGGGGGCGUCCUUCAAGUUCAAAUGCUAAAGCGACACCAACCGUUAUGGGGGCGGGUCAAUAUUUAUCAUCGAAUAGUGGAAGAGCUCCUUCAUCAGCCUCUUCUAUUGACAAUUCUAAGCAAAUCUUGGAACAGUAUGCGGAAGAUAAAAGGCGACUCUUUUUGCAACAACAACAACAACAACAACAACAGCACGCUAACUAUCCCAUGGAGCAGUUGACUCACCAUAAUUACUACAAUUACAAUAAUUUCGAUUAUCGCAAUAACAAUAAUGGUGGUCAAGGCGACCUGGACAAUUCUCAAAGACCAAACAUCCCGUACGUACAAGAAGAAAGUACAAUGUACCCACACCAAUAUGCAAACUCUUCAUACCCGCUCCAACCAAUGGCUAAUCAACUCUCUAAUGCUGAUGACAACAUGCCACAAUUCGGGAAUGCGUUGACAAUGUCUCUACCCCUGCCCAGUGGUAACAACCAUAAGAUGGGCAUGAACAUGGGCAUGAACAUGAACACCCCCAACAUGAACCAGAUGGCAUACGGAAUGGGCAGUAGACCCAAUAUGUACGACGUGUCUGGGAUGAUGAACCCUCCUUCAAGCACAGUUUCGAGUAGCAACAACUCGAAACUGAAUAGUAUGAACAAGCAUCCUAAUAGGAACAACAUUCCGCCAAUUCAUCCAUCUCUUUUACAUUGA